AUGAUUCAUUAUCCAAAGCUAGGAGAGUUGAGACUAGUUCAUUGUUCUCUUUCUGAUACCCAUAUUCGUUCUCUAUUUUAUUCACCUUCUAACUUUUCCAAUUCUCUUAUCAUCCUUGACCUUUCAUCUAAUAUGCUCACAUCAUCAACAUUUCAAUUAUUGUCUAACUUUAGCCGUAAUCUUCAAGAGCUUUAUCUUUCUCAGAAUAACAUUGUUUUGUCAUCUCUAGUCCACUCAACCUUUCCUUCUCUUGUAAUCCUUGACCUUUCCUAUAAUAAGAUGACAUCAUCGGUCUUUCGAGGUAGCUUCAACUUCAGUUCAAAACUUAAAAAUUUUUAUUUGAAAAAUUAUAGUAUUAGGGAUGAUAGUUUUCUAAUGUCAGCUAUUUCAAUUACGAAUUCUUCGUCUUCUCUUGCCUCGCUUGAUCUCUCCUCAAAUCUGUUGAAAUCAUCAUCCAUAUUUUAUUGGCUCUUCAACUCCACUACCAAUCUUCGUAUACUUGAAUUCUUUGAUAACAUACUGGAAGGUCCGAUUCCAGAUGGAUUUGGGAAGGUAAUGAACUCUCUUGAAGUUCUUGACCUCUCAAGUAACAAAAUUCAAGGCGAGAUUCCAUAUUUCUUUGGGAACAUGUGCAUAUUGCAGAGUUUAGACCUCUCAAACAACAAGUUGAAUGGGAACAUUUCUAGCUUCAUUCAAAAUUCUUCAUGGUGCAGCAAACAAGUGUUUCAGAGUUUGGUUUUAUCUGAUAACCAGAUUACCGACAUUCUACCUAUGAGCAUUGGAUUGUUAUCUGAGUUGGAGAACUUAUCCUUGGAUGGAAAUUUCUUGGAGGGUGACGUCACUAAAUCCCAUCUUUCAAAUUUUUCCAAAUUAAGGUACUUAUUUUUGUCAGAGAACUCCCUAUCUGUAAAUAUAGUCCCUAAUUGGGUUCCUCCUUUUCAAAUAAUAUAUUUGGGACUAAGAUCUUGCAACUUGGGUUCUAGCUUUCCAAGUUGGCUCCAGACUCAAUGCUCUUUUUUUUCUCCGGAUAUUUCUGAGAAUAGGCUUAAUGGUUCAGUACCAAAAUGGUUUUGGAACAACUUGCAUAAUGUGGGACAUUUGUAUAUGUCUCAGAAUAAUCUCAGUGGUGCAAUUCCUAAUAAUAUAUCAUUGAAGCUUUUCAAUAGACCGUCCAUAUUUCUGAAUUCAAAUAAUUUUGAAGGAAAAAUUCCGCAAUUUUUACUACAAGCUUCAGACCUAAGGCUUUCUGAUAAUAAAUUUUCAGAUUAG